CAGAUACGCCACUCACUUAUAUAUCUAAAUCCCAUUGGGACUAAUCAAUCAAAACAGUUCACAGAGUCUCUCUUCUAUCUCUCUCUUUCCUUCUUCAUCUUACUCAUCUAAUGGAGCCACAAAGUAAGAAAUCUUGUAUACGAGAAACUAGUACGAAGAUGGAGACCAAAUACGAAGAUAUGUUACCGAUCAUGGCAGAGAAAAUGGACGUGGAAGAGUUUGUAUCAGAGUUAUGCAAAGGAUUCAGUUUGCUAGCUGAUCCUGAGAGACACGUGAUCACAGCCGAGAGUCUAAGAAGAAACUCAGGGGUACUUGGGAUUGAAGGAAUGAGCAAGGACGAUGCAGAAGGAAUGAUUAGAGAAGGAGACCUCGACGGUGAUGGAGCUCUUAACCAAACCGAGUUCUGCGUUCUCAUGGUUCGGUUAAGCCCUGAAAUGAUGGAAGAUGCAGAAACUUGGCUGGAGAAAGCGAUCAGUCAAGAAAUCCGCAAUCACGACCACGCUUCUCUGCCUUGAUGAUGAAGAACCAUUUUCUUGUGUAUUCUCUUUGUUUCUCCUAAACCUAUAAUUGUUUCUGAAUAUAAAAAGCUUGCAAUCAUUCCAAAAGUUAUUACUGUCA